AGCCUUCAAUUACAUAUUUUCCUGCAGGGACUUGAAGAAGAAGAAGUAGAAGAAGAAGAAAGAAGAUAAUAAUGGAGGAUGAGAGUGAUACUGAGAAGAGGAUGGUGGUAGGGCUUAUAGAGAAAGCCACGAAUUCAACCACACCCCAAGUCGACACGCGCCUUCUCAAAGGCAUCAAAUCCCUCGUCCGCUACUCCGAUUCCCACCUACGACUUGCCGCCCAAACCCUAAUGUCCCUCAUGAAACGUGAUCACUCUCAGGUUAGGUAUCUCACCCUUUUGAUUAUAGAUGAACUCUUCAUGAGGUCAAAGCUUUUCCGGGCUAUACUUGUUGAGAAUUUAGAUCACUUAUUAACCUUGAGUGUAGGAUUCAGAAGGAACCUACCCCUCCCUGCCCCUGCUUCUGUUGCAUCUGUUUUGCGUUCCAAGGCCAUUGAGUUCUUGGAAAAAUGGAACACCUCAUUUGGAAUUCACUACAGGCAGCUUAGGUUGGGGUAUGAUUAUCUCAAAAAUACGCUUAGGUUUCAAUUUCCCAAUCUCCAAGCAAAUGCAUUGCGCAUCCAGCACGAGAGAAGAGAAAGAGAGUUGAGGACAAAGGAUAUUUUGCUGAAGAAGCUUCAAACUUUGAAGGACAAUCUUGCUUCAAUCAAAGAUGAGAUUCAGUCAACAACUGAUGAAAUUUGCGAGUGUUUAAACAUUCUUAACACCAAGGAUGAAGAGGAUAUACCAUUGGUUCCGUUAGAUGAUGAAGACAUUGAAGAGUUCCGCAACUCCGAACUCAGACAACUUCGCCAUGACUCUUUGAAAGAAGGGGAAAAGGUUAGGGAGAAUACUGACAAUAAGGUUGUUUUUGAUGCACUGAGGGAACUGUAUAGGGUUCUAAUGACCAAACAUAUAGUUGCUGUGCAAGAAUGGAUAUCAGUUCUCAUAAGAGUGGAAACAGAAGACACCAGGUUUAGGGACUCCACGCUGAAGGACUUUAUUGAUAUUCGAAAUCACCUCAAAUCAGUAAAAGCAAAAUGUGAAGCCUCAGGUUGCACUCUUUCAAAAACUACCUCUUUUGAGGAAGAAGUCAUCUGGGAAGAUGGUAAUGUUGGAUCAUUUGAGAGUAGAAAACCUGUUGGGACACAAAACAAUGAUGAUGGCCGUGCUUUGGCUUCAAAUCCCAGUGAGGUGAGAUGUGAAGCUAGUGCUACUGAAGGCAGUGAUAGAUGUCCCAAGGGAAAUCGAACCUUCAAGGUCAAAAAAGACACUGGUGGUGAAUCAAAUCCAUUACGUAGUGAGCUUUUAGAUAAUGCUCCAGUUUUGGACUGGAGCUCUUUCUUGGACAACUGGGGCUCAAAGCGGGAUGCCUUGGCUAACCAAAGGGGUUUGGAUCUUGAUGGACACUGGGGUAGGGUAGACCAUGAUGCUGUUAUUCCUGCAGAAAAAAUUGCAGAGUUGAAUUUGCAUAUGACUGUUUAUAGAGAAGAUCCUGUUGAAAUCCAACCAUGCCGUGCCCCUUUGAGGAAAGGUGGACUUUGUCAGAGGAGAGACUUGAGAGCUUGUCCAUUUCAUGGACUGAUAAUUCCUCGAGAUGAUGAAGGAAAGCCAAUUCUUCAAGGCCCAUCGACAGAAGAGACAUUAUCAGAAACAGAAGACAAAGGAAAUGCCAUCAGUCAUUGCCCUUCAAUGGGAGAUAUGACUCAUGCUGAUGAUAACUUGGUGGAGCAAUUGGCCAGACAAGCUGUGAAGAAUGUUCGAGAGAGGGAUAAAGGUGAAGCAAAGCAGAGAGAACACGAGAGGCAGAAUUUGAAGCGAGCAAAGCUUGCAAAGGUACGAGAACACAAUGAAGCUGUUCUUCGUGAUGCUGCAAUUGCAUCUUCGUCGUAUUCUUAUGCUGGAGAAGAUCAGCAUACAACCAAUGGGACAAAAUAUUCUGCAAGAAACAAGAAAGAAACCCUUGCAUCUAUGUUGAAAAAGAAAGAAACCGUUAAAGACAGAUUAGCUCAGAAGCUUCUGAACUCGCGGGCAAGAGAUGCUACACAAAGAUAGUUGACGGCAGCAGAGGAAGCAAAUUUCCGAGAAGCUUUUCCAAACCAGUGGUAGAGAAAUGAGGAUUCUCUGUCACAUGCACUCACCUAAUGUGGCAUUGAUUUGAAUUGCAGCUGUUUUCAGAGGUUGCUUAAUGUUAUUUGUGUGCAUAUAUAUACAUACUUUUCAGUCUUUUAACGGAAUGUACAUUGAGAUGGAAAGUGGUUUUGAUGUAUUGAAUUUUCCCCUUCUUUUCUUCAA